AACCCAGGAAGGAAUCCAAAGUCCUAAUCAGAAAUCUGUAGAAAAAAGCGAGACGCGCGCACACACACACACAGGACGAGCGGAGACGGACGUGAUGACUUCCAGUAAGAUCGAGCUCCCUGGAGAAGUGAAGAGCGACCCCGCUGCUCUCAUGGCAUCCCUCCAGCUGAUGCCCUCGCCGGUGCCCAACCCGGAGAUCAAGUACACCAAGAUUUUCAUCAACAAUGAGUGGCAGGAUUCGGUUAGCGGGAAGGUCUUCCCAGUCUACAACCCGGCCACUGGAGAGCAGAUCUGUGAAGUCCAGGAGGCAGAGAAGGCUGAUGUUGAUAAAGCCGUGCAGGCGGCCCGCCUCGCCUUUUCCUUGGGCUCCGUAUGGCGGAGGAUGGAUGCCUCUGAGAGGGGCCGACUCUUGUCCAAACUGGCUGACCUGGUGGAGAGGGACAGCGUUUAUCUAGCAACUGUUGAGUCACUGGACAGUGGGAAGCCUUUCCUGCCCACCCUGUUUGUGGACCUCCAAGGAACCAUAAAGACACUAAGAUACUUUGCUGGAUAUGCAGACAAGAUCCACGGCACUUCCAUUCCAAUGGAUGGAGAGUAUCUCACAUUCACCAGAUACGAGCCCAUUGGAGUUUGUGGACAAAUUAUCCCUUGGAACUUCCCCCUGAUGAUGACAGCAUGGAAGCUGGGUCCGGCACUAGCAUGUGGAAACACUGUGGUCCUGAAGCCUGCUGAGCAGACCCCCCUCACCUGCCUCUACAUGGGAGCUCUGAUCAAGGAGGCUGGGUUUCCACCGGGAGUCAUCAAUAUUUUGCCAGGAUUUGGGCCAACGGCAGGAGCUGCAAUUGCUUCGCACAUGGGCAUAGACAAAGUGGCUUUCACAGGAUCGACCGAGGUUGGCAAACUGAUUCAAGAAGCAGCUGGGAAGAGUAACCUGAAGAGAGUAACGCUGGAGCUGGGAGGAAAGAAUCCCAACAUCAUAUUUGCAGAUGCUGAUUUGGAUCUGGCGGUGGAGGAGGCCCACCAGGGAGUGUUUUUCAACGCUGGCCAGUGCUGCACGGCCGGCUCUCGCAUCUACGUGGAAGAGCCCAUCUAUGAUGAGUUUGUUCGCCGGAGUGUGGAGAGGGCCAAGAGGAGAAUAGUCGGCAGCCCUUUUGACCCCACCACUGAGCAGGGUCCACAGAUCAGUCAGGAGCAGCAGAAUCGGGUGUUGGAGUUCAUCCAGAGUGGCAUCAGUGAAGGAGCCAAGCUGGAGUGUGGCGGCAAAGCUCUGGGCUUGAAGGGGUUCUUCAUUGAGCCCACCGUCUUCUCCAAUGUGAGGGAUAACAUGCGCAUCGCCAAAGAGGAGAUUUUUGGACCAGUGCAGCAGAUCAUGAAGUUCAAAACAAUUGAGGAGGUGAUCGAAAGAGCCAACAACACAGAUUAUGGCUUGGUUGCUGCUGUAUUCACCAAUGACAUCAACAAGGCCAUGACCAUAUCCACAGCCAUGCAGGCUGGCACUGUGUGGAUAAACUGCUUCAAUGCCCUGAGCACACAGUGUCCAUUUGGGGGAUAUAAAAUGUCUGGCAAUGGACGUGAAUUGGGAGAAAGUGGCUUGAAGGAGUACUCAGAGGUGAAGACCAUCACUAUGAAGAUGGUAGCCAAGAACUCGUAAGGCGGCCGCUGCUUCUGCGAGGAGGUAGUGACUUCCUCGUCGCUGACCCGCCAACUUGGCCGGUCCAUCCAUGGUGGUAAACCACAUUAACCAUCCCGACUAGUCAUCUCCAUGGGUAACUACAGGCUGUGACCACUCGCUGCCCCCCCCAGUCCCUCCAUCAACACCACCUCGCUUGCCUCGGACAGUCAGCUAAUCCCUGUCCAGCUGUCUCCGCCCACUUUGAAUUCGCAGACUGCCUCUAGUCUAAAUCAACGCCGAUGACCACUGAACUGCCCCCAUGCGCCUCCUCCACUAACUACACUAAAGCACUCGAAGAGACGAUGGGGGAGGCCGUUCUGACUACGAACCCCGAUAAAGAGCCGCCGCUAUACCGCCAUCCACACCCUGCCCACCCCCAUCCCCCGAUGCUGGAUUCUCAGAGACUAAAUCACUGCACUUCCAUUUAACCCUGUGUUAGCAACUUGUCACGUGCUGGGAGGCAGUAUGGUUUUGUUGUACUGUGCGAUACCAUUGUCAAAACCUCAUACUAAAUUGUGUGUAUCGUUGUGUUGAUUCACCUGGUAGAAGUUAUGCAAGCAUGUCAGCUCACUCAAGACCACUGAAGUCGUCAGUCUCGGACGCGGACGGACGAGUCCGUUUUGAAAUGUUAAUUCUGAAUUAAAAUUGAUUUCUAAUUGUCUUUGUUUAUAUUUUAGCUUUUUAUGACUUAACACUGUAUGUCGACCUUUGACUGAUGUAAACGUGAAAACAAGAUUCUAACCUCUUAAAAAGCAUUUUACUCUUGCCUGCUAAAAGAGGAGUAGAUGUAUUUUAAACCUUAUGUAACAGAUCUUCAUUGAUGUCCAUGUAUGUUCAUGUUUAUACAAUCAUAUGCUAUAAAAUUAUAAGAGC